CACCACGCUUCCCCACCCCAGAUUCUGUGACAGACUUGUUCCCAGACUGUCCACAUCAUUGAUUGAUGUACAGCUAGACUUCCUGACUGGCGAGGUUGACAUCACGGCACUUUCCGAACAACCACUUGGGCGCUACAGAUACUCCCAUGUUUGACUCGAACAUCUCUUCAGAGCACUGAACGCACUAGUUGAACCUAAUCUAUCGAUGGCAACUGAAUCAUCCCCGCAAGUGCCCGAUCAUGUCGCAGCUCCCACACAGUCCAAUACCAACACUUUGCCAGCUGAGACCCUCGAAUUUGCACACAGAAUGUUUGACGCUGCGCGGGGGGGAGAUACAGAGCUAAUUCUUCAAGCAGUUGACAAGGGCUUGCCAGUCAACCUCACAAAUGAGAAAGGAAACACAUUAUUAAUGCUCGCAGCAUACGCAGGCCACGUGGAAUUGACUAAAGGUCUUCUGCAACGGAAAGCAGAUCCAAACAGGCUCAACGAUCUUGGUCAAUCUAUGAUUGCGGGCGCCGUGUUCAAGUCGCACGAUGAGGUUGUGCGUGUUCUGGUCGAAGCUGGCGCAGAUCCGAGAAUAGGCAAACCCACUGCAAUACAGGCAGCUCAUAUAUUUGGUCGGAAGGAGUUGAUGGAAGUACUGGGUGCAAAGCAGGGUGACAUCGGCACUGAUGUGCCCACCCCUCUUAGUGCACGUCCCGAAAAGUGAUCACGCUCAAGUCAAUUUGAACGUUGCGAUAGAUAACCUGUGCUACCCAUUCAAAUCGAUCGUGGCAAGUUCAUAGAUAUUAGGCAUCAAAAUAA